AUUUGCCCAGUUAUAUGUAACUCCGGCUAUGUUUAUUGUACCAACAACCGCACAGUGAUCACGAGUUUCAGGCUGUUGAAAACAGGACCUGGAUCAGCACUAAUAUCAGCUCGACUCCUAUCACUACUGUGUUGAGCAGCUUCUAGCAGAGAAAGAUGUCCUUUGAGGAAGCUAAAGCGAAAUUAGAAGCAGCAGGACAGACUCAUGUUUUACAGUUCUGGGAUGAACUUUCUGCGGAAGAAAGGGGCACAUUUCUGGAGGAAAUUUUUCAGCUGCAGCCCGACGAGUUAGUCGAGCACUGCCGAGAAGCUGCAGCGUCCGCAAGCCGACAAUCGAGUGCCGAUGGUCGGCUUGACGCGCGGAUGCAGCCCGUUCCUCCAGAGUUCAUUGGGAGUGUGCGUAAAAGUGACAGAGAAACCCUUCAGAAGUGGGAGAAUGAAGGGCUACUGCAGAUUUCACAGGACAGAGUGGCUGUUUUGCUGUUAGCUGGUGGUCAGGGGACUCGUCUUGGAGUAUCUUAUCCCAAGGGCAUGUAUAAUGUUGGGCUUCCAAGUGGGAAAACCCUGUACCAAAUUCAGGCAGAGAGGAUCCAGAAAGUACAAGAGCUGGCCAAUGUGAGGCAUGGCAGUAGGUGCACAAUACCAUGGUUCAUAAUGACCAGUGAGUUCACCCUGGGACCCACAGAGAAGUUCUUCAAAGACAACAAAUAUUUUGGCCUUUGUCCAUCCAAUGUGGUCAUGUUUGAACAGAGGAUGAUACCAGCUGUGGGCUUUGAUGGAAAGAUCAUCCUGGAGAAGAAAAACAAAAUAGCCAUGGCUCCAGAUGGAAAUGGCGGCCUCUAUCGGUCACUGGUGGACAACAAGAUUUUAGAGGACAUGGAGAGAAGGAAUGUGGAGUUUCUUCACGUGUACUGUGUGGACAACAUCUUGGUGAAGAUGGCAGACCCGGUUUUUAUUGGCUUUUGUGUAACCAACGGAGCAGACUGUGGUGCCAAGGUGGUGGAAAAGGCCUAUCCUGCAGAGCCUGUUGGAGUGGUGUGCCGUGUGGACGGUGUAUAUCAGGUGAUUGAGUACAGUGAGAUCCAGCCAGAGACGGCAGAGCUGCGAGGCUCAGGAGGAGAGCUUGUGUUCAGUGCCGGGAACAUUUGCAAUCACUUCUUUACCCGGAGCUUCUUGAGGGACGUGGCAGAAAAGUUUGAGAGUAAGCUGAAGCAGCAUGUGGCAAUCAAGAAAGUGCCGUUUGUGGAUGGAGAAGGAAACCUGGUGAAACCAACAAAGCCCAAUGGCAUCAAAAUGGAGAAAUUUGUAUUUGACGUCUUUCAGUUCUCAAAGAAAUUUGUCGCAUUUGAGGUGUUGAGGGAAGAGGAAUUUUCACCCCUGAAAAAUGCUGAUGGGGCACCUCUGGACACACCAACCACAGCACGCCGAUCUUUGCUAGCACAACAUUACCGCUGGAUUCUGGCAGCCGGUGGAAGCUUCCUUGAUGAGCAAAAUAAGCCCUUCACACCAAAACAUAGUACUGCGCAGAAUGAAGACCCACCAGCUGUCUGUGAAAUCUCUCCACUCGUAUCAUACUUUGGCGAGGGUCUGGAAAUGCUGCUAAAUCAGAAGAACUUGAAGUCGCCUUUUAUACUUGAUGAGAAUGAAGCCAAAAAUCUUGUGCAAACAGUAUAAUGUUUUUAGCUGAGGAUUAUGCAUGGUAGAUUUUUGACAGUAAAGGAAAUUAAAGGGAUGUUUGCAAAUCAACAAUAAAUACAUAAACUAGUUA